AGUUAGUUUAUGUAGCUAUCCCUUUUCUUUUCAUUGUAGUGUAUUCUUGUUUUUUUGUACGUUUUGUUUUCAACCGACUUUUUGAAAACUACCGCGCAUCGUAUACAAAUUGUUCAUAUUUUUUGUUUUAACACGGAUUAUUAGAGUUAUUGAAUUUAUAAUAUUUUAAUAAGGUGAUUUCUACAUAUUUUAGAUUUUAUAGUUUAGAAAAUGGCUUUUUUAAAUUGUAAAAUGCAGCAAGAGCAACAUAAAUUUGAUUGGGAUGACAUUAAUGUAGGCAACAGCCAACUUGACGAUUCUCAAAAUUUUUUUUCCAAAAAGCAUUACGAACAUGAACGAGUAGAUGAAAUGGAGUUCUUGCAACAAAAAAUGAUUAAAACUGAGCUAAAUGAGUCCAUUGAAAAUAAAGAAAACAUAAAAGCCAAUUUCACAUCGCCGGUACAAAAAUCGGAAAAUAAAUUAUUAGAUGAACAUUUGUCACCAAGCAUUGUAAAAGUUGAGGACGAAGAGUGCGCAGCAUCACCGGUUGAUGUGAAUAAAGAACCGCAAGACGGACGAGAGCUAUGCCUAAAAGUGGCUCCAAAUUUAGCGUGCGAGUGGUCAACGAAAAAAACAAUAUGUUCUCAAGCAGUAGGACUUCACAAAGGUGCAAUUUCAAAAAAUGUGCCACCUCCUCCACAAGCAUAUUUAGUUAAAGAUAUAUAUCAACGGAAUCGCGAAGAAGCCGAACGUCGCAGAGCGGAAGAGGAACGUAAAAUGAGAGAAUUUCAUUCUCGGCCAGCACCUAACUUCAACCAUCACCAUGAACUAUUACAGAAACGAAAGCCCGCCCAUGCUGUUACAGUGGCCGUAACGCCUCAGGUUUUGAAAAAAUCUCGCGAGGCUGAAGAAAAACGUAGAAAAAGGUUGGAGGAGUGGAAACAAAAGAAUCAGGUUCCAAAAUUUGAACCACGUCCCCCUACAGUAUUAAAAGAAAAACCAUUCGUCCCCGAAAAAAAACCAAUGGUAGUUCAAAUGUGUCCUUUCAAGUUACACACCGAAAAACGACUUCAAGAACGUAAACAUUAUGAUGAAAUUAAACAGAAGGCCUUGGAGGAGAAACAAAAACAGGAGGAAGAAGAACGUAAAAAACUUGAAAAGGAGCGCAUUAAAGAAUUAAGAAAAGCUGCAACUUUCAAAGCACGACCAAAUCCCUUUAAAAAUUAAGACUUUUUUAUACGAGAAAUAUUUUUACCUAAAAGAAAAAUUUGUUGAAAACUUAAAUUAUAAAAUUGUGUUUUGUUACUUACAAAUAGUUUUAAUUGUAAAAACAAGUCGAAUAUUAAUUUUUUUCCUUUUUACAAAAUACAUCAGCAACAACAACAUAUAAUAACCUAAGAAAAAAUUUCGCUCUGUUGAUGGGUUUAUCUAUAAAAAUGCAUUUUUUAAUGUACAACACACAGUUAAAUAAUAUUUCAAAAUUUAAAUAUAUCGCAGACCGCCAAGCCAGUGUCAGCCAGCCAGCCUUUACAUUUACAAAUACACAAACAAACUAAAUAUAUGAAAAAAUAAAAACAAUUUAAAAUUUAAAUUUUAA